GUUGAACUCGUGAUAGCGUUACGUUUACUAAUAAAAUGAAAAUUGUUAUUUUUAUUUUACUUACAGUGGUUCAAUUUUCACAUGAAUUUUCAGUUAUGCCUGGAAUAAUACAUGGUAAUGAAACGACAAUCCAGAAACAUCCCUGGAUCGUAUCUAUACAAUUUUUGGGAAAACAUUUCUGUGGAGGUUCUAUUAUCAGCAAUGAUACUAUUGUAACAGCAGCUCACUGUGUUACUGAGUUGUUGGUAAAGUCAUACCGAGUAGUAGCAGGAAUCACUAACCUCAACGAUUCAGCAUCCUCAACCAAAUACAGUGUAAAGAGCUUUUUGAUACACAGUCAGUAUGAUCUGGAAAUACCAAGGGACUAUGAUAUAGCAAUUCUAAAGGUGUCUGGCUAUAAGUUAUCAUUAUUCUCAGAAAAUAAUACCUAUCUUCACAAUUGGUGUUUUCUGAUAAGGUGCAACCUAUUGCCUUGCCAUCAAAACGGGAGAUGGUUCCUGAAGGAGCUACUGUUAUAUCAUCAGGAUGGGGUGUAACUGAAAUGCAUUCUGAUAUAGCUUCAGAUAUAUUGCGAGAUGUUGAUCUGAAAAUUAUAAACAAUGAAAUAUGUCUAAGGAAAGUCAAGGAAGCGGUCACAAAAAGGAUGAUAUGUGCAACAGGCGGGAGAACGGGAAAGGAUACUUGUGAGUUUGACUCGGGCGGUCCUCUGGAAUAUAAUGGAACUUUAGUAGGAAUCGUUUCCUGGGGUCGAGGAUGUGGGAUAAAGAACAUGCCUGGAGUAUAUACAAGCGUGGCCAGACUAAGACCCUGGAUUGAUACACACGCAGUAACACAAGCUAUAAUUUCUGCACUCGAUUGAAAAGAUGCUAAUAAAC